AAUCCAAACCUUUGUCUUUGGCACGUCGAUUACGUGAAGGAAAUCAUGUUCCUCUUCGUACCUAUAUAUCUGAGUCUUCUGUUUGGCUCGUCGUUUUCUCAAGAUUGUGGUCAGAAGCGUAGAGGGGAAUCACGGAUAAUAGGUGGAGAAGAAGCUACGCCUCAUUCCUGGCCAUGGCAGUUAUCUUUACGUUUUAACGGGUCGCAUGCUUGUGGUGCGUCUCUCCUCACGCCUCAAUGGGCGCUCACUGCUGCCCAUUGUCUUGUGAAGUCUCGUGACCCUAAAGACUACAGACUAGUGUUUGGGGCGCACUAUGUGAAAAACGACGGCGACAUCCUUGGCUUGUCAAGGAUAAUAGUUCAUGAAGGGUUUCAUGUGGAUCACUUCAAACAUGACUUCGCACUACUGAAGAUUGUGCGUCCUGUUCGACUGAGCAACAAAGUGCAAACUAUUUGCCUGGCAAGAGGAGAACAGAUAAAACCCGGUACAAAGUGUUAUAUAUCAGGUUGGGGUAGAUUUGACCCCAAGAAGCCCAAAACACCUUCGAGUUGGCUCAAACAAUCCCUCGUUCCCAUCGUCGAUAACAAGUCAUGUCUGCGUAAAAAUGGUCACAUCACAGACAUCCCAGAUGACGUGAUGGUCUGUGUAGGAGGUCAAGGUAGUACCAUCUGUAAUGGUGACAGUGGUGGGCCGUUGAUGUGUGAAGAGAAUGGACGAUGGUUUCUGCGCGGUGUUGCUUCGUGGAUGACCAGUUAUUCGUGUCCUGUCGAUACUUACUCGGUCUUUGCUCGUGUUAGCACCCAUGUUGACUGGAUACGCAACAAAAUGCAAAGGAAUUCUUGAGUUAAAUAAAUGAUUUUAAAUUGAUAACAAA